ACUAGGAAAAUGUUUACUUUUUUUUAGACACCUAAAAAUAAAAUAUUCUAUCUAUUAUUAUCUAUUCUUCCCGUAUAUUCUAGAUCUAUAUUGGGCCUACUGUAUAAGUAUAGAUCUAAUAGGUCUACAACAACAACACAACAAAAACGUGUACUAGACACCUUGAUCUCCUAGAAUAAACAAGACAUCUAUGUAUUAUACUGAGGAAUACCAUGGAUGGUUUUAAUAUUGAAACUGAGCUGAAAAAAGCUGCUCUAAGUUUGAAUGGAGAAGUGCUAAAACAGAUGGACAAAUGUCUGCAGACUCUCACAAUGACUGGCAACCCCUCACUUGACCCAGCUGACCUUAAGCAGUUUAAGCGCUUCUGCAGGGAGUCAGACGACUAUGUGCGCUACGCCUUCCUGCUGAUCAUGAGACAGCUGAAGAAGAACCACGCAGAAGUCAGACUGUCAGCUUUUCAAGUUGCUGAUGAGCUGUUCUGUAGAUCCCAUGCUUUUAGGGAAAUAUUGGUCAUACACCUGCAAACAUUUCUCUCACUAACUACAGAAACAGAAGCCAACAGGCCAUUGCCUCCACCAAAACCUGCAGCCAACAAGUUAAAGUCUGACUCACUGCGAGCAAUACAACGUUGGUAUGAGAAGUACGGACAGGGCUAUAGAAAGCUGGCGCAUGGCUACGAUUACCUGAAAAACUGUAAACAUAUAGACUUUGUUGACAUAAGAGCACAGAAUGAAGCAGAGAGGAGAAGAGCAGAGCUGGAAGAACAGAAAAAAGAGAAAAUGAGAACUGAGAACCUGGCCAAAGUCUUGAAGGAAAUUAAAGAAAGCAGGGGUGAGGUAGAAAGCUGCUGUAGUGAAGCUGAGAGCUGCCUGAAGAUUCUGUUGCCCACACCAUCUGAGUUCUUCCUGGACCUACCUGAGGAUGCUGUGGCCAGGUGUACCCCCACAACUUCAGCCAAUGAAAACAUUGAGAAGAAAGCUGACAAUGUAAACACAAAUCCUGCUGGAUGUUCUAAGCCUUCAACUGAUGACAGAGAUGAUGAUGGUGAGGACAGUGAGGAUGAUGACCUACAGCUGCAUGGGGUGACUAACCCAGGCUAUAGCAUAACCCUAGAGUUGCCUGCCCCUGGGAGCCUGGCCAUCCAGGAGACAGCAGACAACACUGACGUGAUGAGCUGUCUGAGAGACGCCAGCAAGCUGGUCAGCAGCAACUACCUGCCUAAGGUCACCAGAUGGCUGGAGAUUCUGACGAAGAAUGGAGCAAGUCAGUCAGAUAUUACCUCAGCUAUUGAUCUGAAAGUUCGUCUAGAAAAUAUUCACUUAAAAUGUGUGGACCUGAAGCUUGUGGCACUGAGAGGAGACAGAACUAAGGAAGAGGAUUCAGACGAAGAAGAUUUUGAAGAAGUUCCAGUGAAGGAAGGCUUUGAACCCCACAUACCAAGUCAUCUAAGAGCAGAAUACGGUUUAGCAGGUCCUUCACAGACACAAUCUUCAGGUGCUAAGUUAACAAACACCACAUCCCCACCAACUGGGUCGUCUACCACCACAACACCACCAACUGGGUCGUCUACCACCACAACACCACCAACUGGGUCGUCUACCACCACAACACCACCAGCUGGGUCGUCUACCACCACAACACCACCAGCUGGGUCGUCUACCACCACAACACCACCAGCUGGGUCGUCUACCACCACAUCCCCACCCAAAGUGGCCAGGAGAAAUGUGGGCUGGAACUUGAAGGAAAAACUAAGCUCAGAGCAUGCAUCGGAUCCUACAUCACUGGCAGCUGCUGUGGCUAGAGUCAGGUCUAACAGUUCUGAGACAGCUCCAUCUAGCAAGUUGGAACAAGAAAAGACAACUGCUGAAGUUCCAGUGGUGGAGUUUGGUGCUGACUUGGCUUAUUGGGAAAACCCUGAAGAGAUGGAGGCACCCUCUAUCAUUAAGUAUGAUUCCCUCCACAGGUUUUGGAGACCUCAUGAACCAGAAACAGAGAAACCUUCCCAGCAUGACCUGGCAGCUGUCAGGAACCGUGUGUUUGCCUUCCCUGGCAAGUUUGAGCCAGUCAAGUGGAAAUGUAGGGCACCCAUGUCUAAUGGCCGACUCUGUGAGAGGAUGGACAGGGUUAAAUGUCCCUUCCAUGGAAAAAUUAUUGCCAGAGAUGAACAAGGCAAACCAUCAAAUGAAAUGGAUUUAGUUGACACAGUUGGUGACAGUUUAAAAACAGAAGAAACUUCAGCACAAGAAGCUGAAGUCCCACCCUGGCAGGACCCUGAGCUACAAAGAGAAAUUGAACAUGCAACUGGCCAUGACCUUGGGUCAGCUCGCUCUCAGAAACUUCUGGAAAAAUCAUCGAAAGGAAAGGGUAAAAAGAAGAACAAGAACUCUAACUUAACAAAUCUAAACGAAACAAAAAACACAACUCGCAAAAGGUUGGAGGAUAAAGUUUUUAACAAGCGGUCGUUGAAGCGUGUCUGCUCAUCUAUGGACACAUCAGACUACAAACGUGUGCGGGACAAGUUUGCUAACCAGUUUAACUACAGUCUUAACUAGCGUCACAGUUUAACUACAGUCUUAACUAGCAUCAGUUUAACCUCAAUCAUAGCUAGCUUGAGUUGAUUGUUUUACAUCAGACACCAGUUAAACUUAACUAGCAUCAGUUGACUGUUGACAGAUGUAGGAUCAUGAAUUGAUGUGUUGGUGUGAAAUUUGAUGAUGAACGGAAGAAAUUUGCUGAUGUAUGGGUCAUUGUCUCGUCAUCUCAACACCAUAAUAUGAAAAGAUCACAUGGAGUCACCCCCUCAGGUGUCUAUUGACUUGAUGAACAUUUCUAUACAAAUAUGUGUAUACAAGUCAUGUCAUAUGGCAGAUGAAGUAGAGUUCAUGCUUCUUUGACCUCAGUAUAUGAUGGGAUUGUGUAUACCGCACCAACCCUCCUUUGAUAUGACUCAUGCACACAUUAGAGCUGGAUGAUUGGAGUUUUAACACUGGAGCACACAUGAGGCAUCAAUUAAAUAACUGGAACUUUUGGAAGAAUUGAUUGUAUAAUUAUCACCUUGUGAUACUAUCUAAAAGUUCUUGAUCUACUGUGGGUGAAUGCUGUUGUCUACAAGUGUACAUUGUAAAUAACUAUUUAUUUAUGGGCCAGAAAAUUGUGUGGUUUUCCCCUAUCAAGCGAUUGUUUUAUUCUUGCUAGGAGGUAUGAAGUCAAAUAUUUUGUGCGAUUGUUUUAUUCUUAAGAGGUAUGAAUAUUUUGUGUAUUGUUUUAUUCUUGAUAGGAGGUAUGAAAUCAAAUAUUUUGUCCUAAAUUAUUCUGGUUUAUUUGUGAUAUUUGAGUUCAUGUAUAUUUUUAUAUUUACUUUUAUUACAUUUAUUGUAUUUUU